AUGCAGUGCCUUAGACCACUGGGCCACUCGGGAGCCCAUCUGAAGUCCUGCUACCUCCUCGCGCUGUACGUCCUCGCGCUGUACGUCCUCGCGCUGUACCUCCUCGCGCUGUACCUCCUCGCGCUGUACCUCCUCGCGCUGUACCUCCCGCGCUGUACCUCCUCGCGCUGUACUUCCUCGCGCUGUACUUCCUCGCGCUGUACUACUUCCUCGCGCUGUACUACUUCCUCGCGCUAUACUUCCUCGCGCUAUACUUCUGCCAGACCUGUUCAUGUAAUGAGGCAAAACAACAGAGUAACAGUCAUUUAUUCCACUCCAGGUUCGGACCUCCAGGUGUGCCAGUCCAGGAACUUGACAUGCUGUUCUAAGAAGAUGGAGGAGAGGUAUCAGGUGGCGGCCCGGCGGGAUGUUCAGAACCUCCUCCAGACCUCCUCCGCCAGCCUCAAGUUCCUCAUCUCCAGGAACGUAGCAGCCUUCCAAGAAAGCUUUGAGUCUCUGAUAAAGGCAUCAGAGAACCACACCAACCUGGUCCUCCAGGCGUCGUACCGCAACAUGGCUGGGGAGGCGUCAGGUCUGGUGAGAGAGUUGUUCACUGACGUCAGCCUCUUCCUCCUUGGCUCCGAACUCAACGUUGAUGACAUCACCAGCCGCUUCUUCGACGCUCUCUUCCCAUUGGUUUACCACCACCUCAUCAACCCCAGCCUCAGCCGCGUCACCCCCGGUUACGCCGAGUGCGUCCGCUCCGCCCGCCGCGAUUUGUCCCCGUUCGGCGCCGCUCCGGGAGUCCUAGCCAAUCAGAUCGGGAGGUCGGGGGUCGGGGGUCGUGUGCUGUUACAGGCGCUGCACCUCGGCGUGGAGGUGAUCAACACCACGGAUCAUCUGGUGUUCAGCAGGGAGUGUCGUAGAGCUCUGCUCAGGAUGCAGUACUGUCCCCACUGCCACGGACUCACCCUGUCUAAACCCUGCAUGGGCUACUGUCUCAACGUGAUGCGUGGCUGUCUGGCUAGCAUGGCUGAGGUGGACCCCCAUUGGAGAGAAUUCGUGAGGUCGUUAGAGGGGCUGUCGGCACGCAUGCACGGAUCUCUGGACCUGGAGCAAGUGCUGCUGGGAGUUCACGCCGUCGUCCACGACGCCGUCGCACAUGCUCAGAGGAACGGGCAACACCUCUCGGCACAGGUGUAUAAAGUAUGUGGUCGUCCCAGUAGACAGCCUGCCCAGUCAGUCAGCGGCCAGCAGGACGGAGAGUCCAUCCCUCUCAAAGCCUUCAUCGGAGAAACAGGAAACAGCCUGGCUACCAGGAGGAAAGAGUUCCUGAACAGUCUGCGUUUGUACCGUACCUUCUACGGUGGCCUGGCGGACCAGCUGUGUGUGAACCAGCUGGCCUCCGCCGAUGGACUGGCCUGCUGGAACGGAGUCGACGUUGUCAAGAGCUGUCCCUCCGUUCCCCUGGGGAGCUGUCCUCCGUUCCCUGGGGAGCUGUCCUCCGUUCCCCUGGGGGAGCUGUCCUCCCUGUUCCCCUGGGGAGCUGUCCUCCGUUCCCCUGGGGAGCUGUCCUCCGUUCCCCUGGGGGAGCUGUCCUCCGUUCCCCUGGGAGCUGUCCUCCUCCUCCGUUCCCUGGGGGAGCUCCUCCUCCCUCCCCUGGGGGGAGCUGUCCUCCUCCUCCGCUCCCCUGGGGGAGCUGUCCUCCUUCUCCUCCGUUCCCCUGGGGAGCUGUCCUCCUCCUCCUGUUCCCCUGGGGAGCUGUCCCUCCUCCUCCUCCGCCCCCAGGGGAGCUGUCCUCCUUCUCCUCCUCCUCCUCCGUCCCCCAGGGGAGCUGUCCUCCUUCUCCUCCUCCUCCUCCGUCCCCCUGGGGAGGGGUCCCUCCUCCUCCGUUCCCCUGGGGAGCUGUCCUCCUCCUCCGUUCCCCUGGGGGAGCUGUCCUCCUCCUCCGUUCCCUGGGGAGCUGUCCUCCUCCUCUGUUCCCCAGGGGAGCUGUCCUCCUUCUCCUCCUCCUCCUCCGUCCCCAGGGGAGCUGUCCUCCUCAAAUCUCCUCUCCUCCUCCUCCUCAAAUCCCCAGGGGAGCUGUCCUCCUCCAGAGUCAACUCCUCCUCCCCAGGGGGGAGUUUGAUUCCUCAGAGUCCUCCCCAGCAGGGAGCAGUGUCCUGA